AUGAGUCUUUCGAAGUAUGACCCCAAUGCUAGGAUGCCACCCAGAAGUGGCUCACAGAAACAUCGCGCUAAAUCUGUGGAAAAGGUGCGGCCAAAGAGGAGAGCUCAAAAGCUGAGGAUUGGGACGAUUAAUGUAGGAACUAUGGCAGGCCGAGGAAGAGCAUUGACGGAGUUGAUGCGGAGAAGGAAAGUGGACAUUAUGUGUGAGCAGGAAACUAGAUGGAGUGGCAAUAAGUCGAAAGAGUUGGGAGACGGAUACAAGUUAAUCUAUGGAAGUGGAAAUUUGGACAAAAGAAAUGGUGUUGGGAUAAUAGUGUCGGAAAAAAUUAAGAGCGCAGUUGUGGAAACGGGUUGCACCGAUGAUGAAAAGGAUGAGUUUUGGACAACACUACAGGAUAAAUUUGAGAAGGUUGCUGAAGACGAGAAGUGUUAUCGGUGGAGACUUAAAUGGAGUGGUGGAAGAGCUAGCCAAAUAGACUACCUCUUGUAUCGUAGGAGAAAUAUGGUUGAGAUGAUAAACUGUAAGGUAAUACCAGGUGAUCACGUGACCAACCAACACCGACUGGUCGUGAUGGAUUUGAACAUCAAGAAUAAAGAGGCAAAGAGAGCAGUGGCAAUAGCUAAGAGCAGGGCUUACGACCAGUUGUAUGAAGAUCUAGACAGCAAGGAAGGACAGGGAAAGGUUUUUCAACUGGCGAAGACAAGAAAUAAAAGCACAAAAGAUAUCGUACAUAUUAAGCAAAUGAAAGAUGAGAAUGGAAAUAUAAUUAGAAAAGAACAAGGAAACAUCAAGAGAUGGGAAGAGUAUUUCUCUAAAUUACUGAACGAGGAAAAUGAACGGCUGAUCAGAGGUGAUGGAGACGCUAGCCAGGGUGCAGUCUUGGAAAUAUCAAGGAUAGAGGUGCAACAGGCGCUGAAGAAGAUGAAAAACGGGAAAGCCACGGGACCAGACGGCAUCCCCAUAGAAGCCUGGAAAGCGAUGGGAGAGGAAGGCAUUGGCGUGUUAUGGAUGCUGAUGGGGAAGGUGAUGGAUGAGGAGAAUAUCCCGACAGUAUGGAAAGAAAGUAUAUUAAUAUUAAUGUUCAAAAUUGUGAAAAUUAUAGAGGCAUAA